AUGGAUAAUGAAUUUAAUUCGGUACCGCUGGAUACCUGCUCGGACCUCAUAAGCAGGGCAUUUGGAGGUAGCAAACUAUCUCCGUAUUCAGAUCUCUCAUCUCUUUACGAAUAUCCGAAAGCAUACAGUAUGUUGGAGAGAGAAUACGUAAAUAGCAAUGAAUCCAGCAUGGUCAACACUGCGAGGUCAACAUACUCAAGUAUGGUUUCGGUAGAAACUACACAUGUCGACAAUGCCUACACUUUCGCUUGGUCAGAUAGCGCAGAAGGCAAUACUCCCAGACAAAUAACGCAUUCAAACAAUGUGGACGAACAGGACGCCAAACUGCUUAAAGUGAUCAAAACCCUUUUUACCCAAAGCAUGGUAGAUGUCUUCCGCAAAUAUGUAGAUGAAUUGUUCAAGAGAGACUCAAAAACUAUGCCUAUACAACCUGAUACAGAAAAAAUCAAUCUCGACAUAGAUGCAAUGCGCACUCGAGUCUUUGCCGUACUAAGGAAAUGUCUUACAAACAAUACGGAAAUCAACAUAGUUCAUAUUAUAGAAACCAUAAGGGAGAAAUAUGAUACGACUCUAAUUGAAGAGAUACCUAGCUUUGGAUCAAUCACUCAUUCCAAUGGGUACUGCAAGCCAUGUGUUUUUGCAAAUAAGACGGUCAAUUCAUGCAAAAAUGGAGUGGAGUGUAAUUUCUGCCAUUUCAAACACAGAAUCACACGGAGAAAAAAUACAGCAAAAGAGGCACAGGAUCUCGUGAAACAACGGAAAGAUGCGGCCUAUAAAGAACAACAAACAGCAUUAGCAACAGCUUCACUAGAAUUGCAUGGAUACCUUUCAUCACACAAGAACAACCGACAGACAACGCAGUCGGUCGAUGACAAAGAUUUCUUCAACUUUGCAGCAGCGAAGUUUUCGCGCUCCGCAGAAGACUACUUCAAUGCGUCUACCGCCAAUGAUGCGAAGGGAGACUCACCUUUCAGUAAUCUAGCGUCUAACAUAGAAGCUAAAGACAAACUUGAAGACGCACUAAUCGCCAAGUGUGUGGAAUUCCUAGAGAAGAAAUAUAACGCACAAGGCAAGAGACGCACAGAUGCACCAAACAUGAUUAUCGGCCAAUUCGCUGGUGGUGAACCUCACGUCAGAGAUAGCCACAGCCGGUCUCCACGUUUGGUACAUCUAUGUAUACUAUUACUCACGGUGACCUCUCUGGCUUUAUACACUUCGACCUCCGACUUCUCAGAAGACUCCUCAUUACUACUGAGGCCAAGGGCGCCGCCAUUCCGGCUGACGGAAUUAUCCCUUCCAUCCAUCAAAGUUUACCUACACCCAGCAUUAACUUUGCCAAGAACUAACUUCCAACUACCAGACCUCGCCAAAAACAUCAAUAUAGAGGCAUCCAGAAUACUAGGGAUUGAAAAAAAUACAACACUCAACUGGUCAAGUGACACUGAAAGUGCUCUUAACUUAGCGCCAUCACUUAACAUAUAUGGGCUCACUGGGAUAUAUGUGCACGUGGAUAAUAACACACAAGUAUUCACAGCACUUUUGAGAAUGCCCAUCGAGACAUGCAGAGGACAGAUGCUCUCUUGGACAUGUCAAAGGGACGAUAAACACGCAGUUUACGAUAACACCCAUUGCGUGGUAGUAUUGCAGGCAGGUGGGCUGCAAUCGCUACUCAUUGCUGCAAGAGAUGCUCACAAGACUCAGAGUAUAGCACUUACAGACACUCAAGUUAAAGGCGCAUUCUGCGGAAACCCAUUAUUACAGCGAAUCGCAGCAGGAGACAAGGCAGUGUACCUUCUAAACCACAAGUUAGACACCGAUGAUGCGGAAAAUGAUUACUUGCUGUGCAAAUACAGCAUAGAGAACAGAGAAAUGUCACAAUGUUUCGACAUCGAAGCCAGAAACGAAACAUUCAACAUGCCUCUCGCACUGAUAUACAUUAGGCAUACCGAUACGGUACUCGUUGUACAUUACAAGACUGAGGAAUAUUUAAACGCUAUAGCAUUUGAUGGGCAAGCGCUGGAUUUCAAGGUGAUAUUCAGACCAUUGACCUCAAAUAGCGGAUUCAUUAUAUAUACAGAUUCUUACGGAGGAAAUGUUAUAUUCCAUGGGGACUUACCCUUAUAUGAGGUCGAUACCGUACUCAAUAUGGAAUCCGGGAGCGACCUCACGAUGGGUAUGUUGUAA